AUGGGCGAUGAAAGUGGUGAUAGUGAAAAAUCAGAUUCAACAAUAAGUCCGAUGCCAACAUCAAAUAAAUUAAAAAUAAAUAAAGAAAUUGAUGUUACAGUGGGUGAUGAUGAUGCCAAAAUUAGUUUCACAACCAUCAAAACUGAUGGUCUUGGCCCAUGUCAUUUUUUUUUGUUAACUGGUUUUUUACAGACAAGAUUUUGCUAUUUAGAGCACACAUCGAAAGAUUAUCCAACAUCAAUACAUGAUGCAUUAUCAACAGUAAUUCAAAUUAUGAAAAACAUUGCUGAUGAUUUACUACAAAUGUUUACAAAUCAAUUUCACAUGAAUUAUAAUGAUUUUCAAUUUAAUCAAAUUCAUACAUUGGAGCUACUAGUUGGUGGUAGCGUACCAUUAUAUCCUGAUUUAAUCUAUAAUGGUUUUAUGCUUUUAAAUAAUCAUGAUACUAAUAUGGAAAUUCAAUAUCAUAUUCGACAAAAUCUACAUCAUUCAAAAUCAAAUGAAGAAUUCUUAUUAUAUUUAGUUAAUGAAUUAAAAGGAAAUAUAAAAAUAUUAUCUCCAAUUACUUAUUUUACUUCUCAAUCGUCUGAAUCACAAGGUAAUCAAUUUAUAUUAGCGGAAAGUAACAAGGCUGAUGAUGCACCAGGAGUAUUCAUUAUAUAUGAUUAUGAAACCCAUUUUUGCAAUUUGGGUAUUGAAUGGAUUGGAUCGAGUGAAGAUUUUCCAUUAGCAUGUUUAUAUAUGGAUCUUAACAAUAAAUAUGAAGAAGAACCAAUUUGGGAAAUACAACACGAACAAAUUAAUAUGGCAGAAAGUCGUCUGGAUCCAAAAUCUACGGAAUGGGAAAAUUUUCAUUAUGCAUUAGGUACAGGAUUUUAUCUUUUUUAUUUAAUUCCAAGUUGUAGUUCAUAUGAAGAAAUUGUUUCAUAUGUACAACAUUUAAGUGUUCAAUAUUCAAGAGCUCUUUUUCUUACUGCUAAUAUUGAAACAUGUUCGAGUGAAGUUAAAAAAUACUCAAUUGGUGCAGAACCUACAUUUUUGUUUUUUCGAGGUUGCAAACAAAUUCAUCGUUUGGAAGGUUUUAAUAAAGAAACAAUUGAAGAAACAAUUAAAAGAUAUUACAAGAUUGUUACACCAAUAGAUAUUAAAUAUAUAUUUACUCAAGGAAAAGGAAUCAUCAUGGGUGCCAAUGAUAGACUUGUUAAAAUGGAAAUUGAUUAUUCAUCUGUUGUUGAUCAAAAACUUAAAGAAUGUGAUGAAAUUAUGAAAGAUACAAUUAAAUUAAUUGAAGUUCUUGAUCGAUUAUUACCAUUGGAAAAACAAACACGUACUGCAGCAGAUACAAUUUCCACAGGACGUGUUCUUGUUGCAAUUAUUAAAUAUUGUUAUCAAGCAAAACAAUGGGAACAAAUGAAUGAACAUAUAGUAACAUUAUCAAAACGACGUAGUCAAUUAAAACAAGCUAUUACAAAAAUGGUACAAGAAGCUUAUGAACUUGUUGAAAAAACACCUGAUUUAGAUACUAAACUUAAAUUAAUUGAAACACUUCGUACUGUUACAACAGGCAAAAUUUUUGUUGAAAAUGAACGUGCACGAUUAACAAAAAAUUAG